AUGAGUUCAGAAUUAACUUCAAGUCUUAAAAAUCUUAACAUAAAUUCCGAAGAAAAGAAGAAACAACCAACAAUACACUGUGGAGAUUUAUCGUUAAAAACUACUACUGCUGACAUAAAGGACUUAUUUAAAGAUUAUAAUGUUUUAAACACAUUUGUAAAGAAAACUCCAAAUGGCCAGUACUGUUAUGCUUUUAUUGUAUUUGCAUCUGAAAAAGAAAUGGAAAAAGCAAUUAAAGAUCUUAAUUACUCUGUUCUUCAUGGCAAAGAAGUGAUCAUGUGUAAAUAUGAUCCGGCAGUCAAAAUUCAUGGAGAAGGUAACAUAUUUGUUAGCGGUAUUCCAUCUACUAUGAAGGCAUCAGAUUUAAAUUCAAUGUUUAGUGAGUUUGGAGACAUUAUUACAUGUAAAAUAGCAACAGAUGCUAAUGGAAAGUCUAAAAAUUAUGGAUUUGUUAAGUACAGAACAAUCGAAGCUGCUAAUAAAGCAGUUGAAGGAUGUAUUGGGUUUAAAGUUGAUGACAACUUAAUAAGAGUUGAACAUUACGAUCCAAAGAAGAAAAUAAGAAAUUCUGAGAAAAAACAAGUUUUUACAAAUUGCUUUGUUAAAAAUUUUCCACCUUCAUACACGGAAGAAGAUUUACGUAUGUUACUUGAAGUUUAUGGUGAAAUCACAGACAUUUAUUUCCCAUUGAAAGAAAAUGGUAACUCAGUAGGAUUUGCAUGUGUCAAUUUUAAGAAACCAGAGUCGGCUACUAAAGCAAUUGAAGAAUGUCAUGACAAACAAUUAUUUACAAAAGAAGAAAUGGGCAAAUCUGAUUUGUUUGAAGUUGAGAAUUUUUACAUUGUUAAGAGUGAUAAGAGAAAGAGUAGGAUUGAAUCGAUUGCUGAUGAUUCAGUAAGUAGUUUAGCGAUGGGACCAAAAUUAAAGAGAAAUCUUUACAUCAAAAACGUACCUGCUUUUUUUAAUGAAAAAGAAGUUCUUAACGUUUUGAGUGAGUUUGGAUCAAUUACCGACUUCCAUUUGUCAGUUGAUCAUACCUCAUCUGAUAAGCUUUAUGGAUGUGUUUGUUACUCUACAGUUGAAGAAGCAGCUGUAGCACUUGAAAUGAGUAAACAGGUAUUACUUGACGGUAAUCAGCUUGAACUUUCUAUUUAUAGAAGUAAGAGAGAAAGAGAAAUUGAAUCAGCUAAAAGAGAUGCUAUUAGUAUAAAGAAUCAUGGGUUGGUUAAGGAAGACGAGAUAAAGGAGUUUUCUGAACAAGAUAAGAGAUUGAAUGCAGCUGUAUUGUCAAUCUCUAAAAAUUAUGAAAAAGACUUUGGUAAGUUGAAUGUUGUAGAUUCGAAAGAAUUUUCUGAUAAAAUUACUCGAAAAAUUCUUUCAGUUACAAACAUUUCUAAAAGAGAAGCAUUAAUUGAAGAUAAGUCAAGUCUUAUGCUUUACAUCGACAUGACAUUAAAAGGAGUUUUUAAUUUUAAAGAGGAAAAGUAA